GAGGAGGAGGGGAGCGGCGGAUGGGGGCGGCGGCCGGAGGCGCUGAGCGCUGAGCGCAGGCAGCCGCUGCAGCCAGUCGCCUCCCUCUGCCCCCGCUGGCUCCGGCAACCAUGAACAGGGGCGCCGCUUCUUGCCCUUCGUCCGUCCCCGGCGGCAGCGGCCACGGAGAGUGCCGGAGGGUCUGUAGCAACUGCCGGAAAGUGCUGAGGCAGGAAAAGAAAAUCAGAGUGUCUCUGCCUUUGACAAGAGGACCAAGUGCCUUUAUACCAGAAAAGGAAGUUAUCCAAGCCAACAGUCUGAAUGAACGCAUGCACCUGCUUGUGGAAGAAUAUUCUACAUCGGGCCGCCUAGACAACAUCACCCAGGUCAUGAGUUUGCACACUCAAUACCUGGAGUCUUUCCUUCGCAGCCAGUUUUAUAUGUUGCGUAUGGACGGGCCUCUUCCUUUGCCCUACCGGCACUACAUUGCAAUCAUGGCUGCUGCCAGGCACCAGUGCUCCUACCUUAUAAACAUGCAUGUGGAUGAGUUCCUGAAGACUGGAGGGAUCCCAGAAUGGCUGAAUGGCUUGGAAUACGUUCCACAAAGACUGAAAAACCUGAAUGAAAUCAAUAAGCUUCUUGCACAUCGACCCUGGCUAGUUUCAAAAGAGCACAUUCAGAAACUUGUCAAGACUGGGGAAAAUAAUUGGUCUCUUCCGGAACUGGUGCAUGCUGUGGUCCUCUUGGCACACUACCAUGCCUUGGCAAGCUUUGUCUUUGGUAGUGGCAUCAAUCCAGAGAGAGAUCUCGAUACCUCGAAUGGCUACAGGCUCAUAUCAGUUAACAAUUUCUGUGUCUGCGACCUUGCCAACGACAACAACAUUGAAAACGCGUCCCUCAUAAGUAACAACUUUGGGAUCUCAGAUUCUUUAAGUGAGCUGGAGGCCCUAAUGGACAGAAUGAAAAGGCUGCAGGAGGAGAAGGAGGACGAGGAGGCCUCUCAGGAGGAAAUGGAUACUCGCUUUGAAAAGGAAAAGACUGAGAGCCUCCUGGUUGUCACUGAAGCAUUUGACGAUGAAAUAGUUUCCACAGCCGACGUUUCGCGCUACGUUGAAGAUCCUGGCUUUGGGUACAAAGACUUUGCCAGGCGGGGUGAGGAGCAUCUUCCAACUUUUCGAGCCCAGGACUAUACCUGGGAAAACCAUGGAUUCUCCCUUGUGAACAGGCUUUAUUCCGACAUUGGGCAUCUCCUGGAUGAGAAGUUCCGAAUGGUCUAUAGCCUCACGUACAACACUAUGGCCACGCAUGAAGAUGUUGACACAACCAUGUUAAGAAGAGCUUUAUUUAAUUAUGUUCACUGUAUGUUUGGAAUCAGGUAUGAUGACUACGAUUAUGGAGAAGUUAAUCAGUUACUUGAACGGAGCCUGAAGGUUUACAUUAAGACAGUGACCUGCUACCCAGAGCGAACUACCAAGCGCAUGUACGAUAGCUACUGGCGCCAGUUCAAGCACUCGGAGAAGGUCCACGUGAACCUUCUCCUGAUGGAAGCGCGCAUGCAGGCGGAACUCCUUUACGCCCUCCGUGCCAUUACGCGCCACUUGACCUGAAGCGCCGUUGCAAGCGUGUGAAGAAAGCUUCCAAACAGAUGUGCAGAAACACCUGCCUGUGGCGUAGCAUCAGGUUAUUGGAUUCUCUAGUGUCAAAAGCUGAAGCCGCCUUCCUAGCGGUGGUUAACGUGCAAUGAUCUAUAUAUUUCCCCCCCUGUUUUCUUGAUGCUUAACAUUACUAACGAUAGCAAAAAUAGCACUGAGGAACACUACUUCUUAAGUUGUUUCCAGUUGGAGUAUUGGUCACAAACCCUAAAACGGUUUGUUAUAUUUGAUUCUUUUGCUAUUUCUUCUCACGCUCGGAAGAAAAACACUUGUUGGUGCAUCUUCCGAGGUUCUGUUUCUACCCACUUUUUCCUGCAAAUGGAAUCCAGAGCGAAGGAUUUUGUUUUAUUUUCUCCUUUUAGUUCUUUCUAGAAUAUUAAUGCAGCUUUCCUGAAUCCAGUAUGUGCUGUGUUUAAACUGAAGUGCUCAACUGGCUUCUUCUUAGAGUUUCCUUAGAAUUUUAGUACUUUGGCAGUAGUUUGGAGGCUGUGUGAAAGCUGAUGCAACUAUUGUCUGCCUUUUUUUUUUAAUGUGAAAAGAACUGCUGCCAAUCCUGCAGCGUGCUACUGAGACACAGCAUUCAAAUGCUUUUUUUUUUCUGAACGAAGAGGGUUUUCUACCAUAUCCAUUUCAACUGUACAUAAUCAGUUCAGGGAUUGAAUUCUUCUGUGUUGCCUACAAUUGCUCUUUCUGCUGACCCUAAUGAUGCUUGAAUGGUACUUACUGCCCAGCCAGCAAGCCAGUUUAACUUGGGAUAUCUGAACUUUGACUUUAAGAGGGUUUUUUUAAAAAAAGUUUUGAAAUCCAGGUUCGUCCUUAACUGGUUCAUUGAUCUGGUGGUAAUGUGAGGCGUGCAAAUCCAGCACACGCACGCGCACAUGCUGUCUGAUCAAAGAAACAAAAGAGCAAUCUGCAAGAGCACAUUCUCUUAAAACUGUAAAAAGCUGCCUUGUGCUGAAUCAGGCCACUGGUCUGUCUGUUCUGGUCCUCCAAAGUUGAGGGGAGAAGUCUCUCCCAGCCCUCUUACCUGAGAUGGUUUUAACUGGAGAUGGCAGGAAUUGAGUCCAGGACCUUUCGCAUGCAGAGCAUGUAUUAGUCGCUUAGCUAGAUUUCCCCCUCCCCUGAAAGCUUUGCUUGUACGACACUGUCUUUUACUGAGUCAGACUUGUCUGUUCUGACCAGCAGUGAUUCCUUGAGGUCUUGGGUCACAAUUGGCCCUAACCUUUAACUCAAAGUGUCGGAGACCGCACCUGGGACCCUUCUACAAACAAAGAAUGUGCUUUGCCCCUGAGUUGCAGUCUCGUUUUGCUCCACCGUCAUCCCCCCCACCCCACUUCCUAAUUCAAGGGUAAUUAUAUCAGUGUUCAGCUUAAGCUUUGGGGAAAUCGAUUCCCAUCAAAUAUUUUUCAGAACGCCUGCAAUAUUUUCAAGCUAAGAAUCAUGUUUCUAUACGUUGACGUGAGUGAACAAAGGAAGUGCAAUAUAUAGCAGAAGAGCGAGCCUUUCCUUAACCAAGUCGCUGCUGAAAUGUCCCGCUCAACACGACCGCGGUGAAAAUGGCUUCUCCUUUGGUAGUGUUUGCUGCGAACAAUCGGCUCCUACUCGAGCACCAAAGCGUUGGUUUAAUCGGAUGUCCCCAAGCCCUUCUACACCUUCCUUUUAGCAGGGGAGACCCCAUGCAAGCUCCAUAGAAAUGAAUGGAGGAGGUGCCAGAGGAGUGCCGGGCCGAUUGGCUUGUGCCCAUGGGCAGAUGUCAUUGUUGGGAAAGAGAAGAGAGCAGCUAAGAGAGACCUGCCCUUGCAUUGCUUGACUACACUGAUUACUUUUUUCCCUCCAGGGCACAAAUGUCUUGGUUUUUAGAGCUUUACCUUCUUGCAUUAAUGAUCCAGUGAAGUGCCUAAAGAGAGGCCAGAAAGACAAGACAUGAUAGAGACUUUCACGUGACUGGCUUGCUUCAGGAAAAGCUAGUCUCAACUGAGUCCCCUUGAAAUCAACACUGCUUAGGCCCAGCAGGGCUUGGAGACCACCCCUUUGUGUCCCACUGCCAGUAUCUGGGAUCCAGGAAAGGAACCUUAACUUGCCCUCAAGCCUUUUGGGUAGUCGAUAAAGCGAUUUAAGCCCCAGUCUUUUCCUCUCUUUUUUUGAUUUUUACAAGACUCAGUUGUGACUAACUUUUGCUGAAUUGAGAUUGAUGUCAGAUUUUGUGUCCCCCUGAAUAUUUAUUUUUACCUGCUUUUAUACACAUUGGAAAUGAAUGAGAUGGGCCUUCACUCCAGUAGGCUGUAGAAAGCAAUAUAGAAUAAGCUUGUACAUUGAAGACUUCUGCAGUGGUUUCUUUCAUGAGAGCAAUUUUGGAAAGUAAAAAAAGAGGGGGUAGAGGAACUAAAGUUUGGAUGUGGUUAUUUUGUUGGGUUUAUUUUAAUUUUUUAUUAUUUACUUGAUUCUUCUCUCUCUUAACGGCUGUGAUGUUGUGUGAUUGUCCUGCGACGCACACACCCCUUGGCUGCUGAAAAAAUUGUUUGUUGCUUUCUAGAGACAUAACCUUCUGCGCUUGGAAUUGCAGGCUGUUUUGACAUGGAAACUCUCCCAGACGAUAUUGACACUACAGAUUCGUAUUGGCUGCAUGUGUUGCUCCUCCUAAAGAAGUCUGGGAAUUGCAGUUUGGAAAUAGUGCUGAGGGCUUUCUCUUAAAAGACACCACACACACACACACACACACACACACACACACUUCCCAAACCAGUUCAGCUUCCCAGGAAACCGUUGGAACCUGUUGGAGUCAGUAGUGUGUCUAUAUGUCCUUGGAAGGAAAUGACUACAGUGAUGACAAGUUACUGAAUGAGCGACGCAUUGCUGCUGAGGAUGAAUGGUAGCUCACUGCUCUGUCUGUGCAUGUGAGAAACCGGGAGGGGGGUGUGGGUGUGUGUGUUUUAAAAAGCCGAAUCAAAAUCCAGCUAAAGUUAAGCGUUUUGAAGGAUGGCGUUGGAUUUAACAAGAGCAUUCAGCCAUUUGCACCUGCGGUCUGCAAUGGGGAUGGGUUGUGCAAACGCUGCCUGCAGCUUACCUUUAUGGGUUGUGUUUGGCAUGGCACCAUUGCAGGAAGCUUGAAUUGCGCUGCCCUGACCCCUGUCCUGUCCAAAGCCGGGUUGAUUUCAGUGGAAGAGUUUGAGGGCUCCAUUGGAGACUCCCUGGGACUUUUAAGACGCUUAACCCUGACUGGAUUUGAACUGCAGCAAGGUGUUGACAGGUCUCCACCAAACACCUCCCUGGUGAUUGUGGGAGGGGGAAGGAGCAACUUCUGCCAGGGGAACUUCUGCCCCUUUCUUUCUUUCUUUUAGCCUUUGCUGUUGUUCCAGGCACUUGUUUGCAUGUUGCAGAGAAAAGCCAGGCAGGGCGUGGAUGCAGGGAAAUCGGCUGGGGAAGGACUGAGGCCUCUGGCCCCACGGCUCUUCAGAUAUAACCUCUGUCUUCACAUUUAGAGGUAGAGACAUAAACAGACUUUGUAUGUAACUGUAAGAGCUUAAACGUUUUCUUCAGAGCAGUCAUGGCUUUUCUUCUUAACAGGGAGGCUGGUGUUCCAAUUGCAGAAGCAUUAGUGCCUUUUCUUCUAGAUGUUUUUAUUGUUCGAACUGAAUAGUCAUCUCAGUGAGAGGCAAUUAGAUUUUAAAUCAAUAAGACUGUUGGUUUCUCUCUCUCUCUCUCACUCUCUCUUUCUCCCUUCUGUGAAAUAUAUAUAAAGUGAAUCCAUUAACAGGAGCGUAAACUUGAUUUCACAUGAUUUCAGACCUACAUGUGGUAUCCAAGGUUGGGACCUGCUGUUUUGAAAACCAGUUUGUGUUUUUUCCUUAGAAAUAGAAUGGCAAACUUGAAUGUUAACAAAAUGUUUCAAGGUGAUGAUGUUUGAUUCAGAGUAGACAUUUUAUGUGGUCAUGAUCUGGUGCAUAGCUUUAUAUACUCAAAUGUGAUGGGGUUGUGUGUGUGUGUGUGUGUGUGUGUACGUGUGUGUGUGUGUUUUUAAAUGCUGACGUUCAGAGUAGGCAUCCAAGUGAAUAUGAUUGUACUUCUUUGCUUGACAUAUACCCCUUAAGCUCACAGAUGUGCCAAAUUAAAAAAUGUGCAAAAUCUAUUUUUUUAUAAAAUAGCACAUGUGAAUGAAUCGUCAAACUUCAUGGAUGUCAAAAACGUAUGUCAUUCUUUCGCAGUGUAGGCAUAGUUGGGGGUUUGUUUUUCGUUUUCGUUUUGCUUCUUCUAGUAUGGCUUUGGAUUACGUGUCAGCAACUGGCACCCUUGGGCCAAAAUCUGUCCUAGUUGUCAACCAAGGGGCAAAAGAGUGUCAUAGGCUGCAGCCAUUGGUAGCAGCAGGACUUGGCGGCAAGGGAGUCCCCCAGCAGGCUCUGUGGCUUAUAUGGAAGGAUAUAAAUCCCCGAAAGCGAGGGCGGUGGAAGGUGGGACUCAGGCUGCCACUUAGCGCAUAAAAAGGCCCCUCAGAUGCUUGUUCAUUCCCUCUGCUAUUUUUGUUGUGGUGGUUGCAAAAAUAAAAUAUGGCUGCUUCAAGAUCUUGUGUCAAGACGUCUCCCCAACCCUCCUUUUUUAGGUGGUGGGGGGAACUGCAUCAAAUUUAUUUAGGGUGGGAGACAGAAGGGCUCACAGGUGGAAUUGCACAUACUCAGUAGAGACAGAGAGAAGUUUCAAACAUGAGCCUGCAAGUGCAGGUGCAGGAAAUAGGUGUAUGUGUGGGGAAAUUCCAAAUUCUAGACCCAGUAAAGAAACAAACAAAAAAUAAAUAAAUCAAGGCAUAUUGGUCAGGGGCAGGGGAUCAGGUCAUUACUGCCGAAUUCCAGGUUAUGUUUACUCUGAAGCAAGUCCCACUGUGUUCAGAUGCCCUAAUCAAUUCACAGAACUGACUUGCUUAAAUAGUUUGGCGUUUGGUGUGCUUCUGAUCUGCAGCAGCUGCCAGGCUCAAAAGCAAAUGGACUGUUAUGUGAUUUGAUGUUAACCAAACAGGUUUCUAGGUUCCCUGCGUAUUCAGCCUCCCCUCUGCAAGCACAGGCACACAUAGCAUGGUUACUACUUGAAAUUUUGCCCAAGUCUGAUUUGAGGGUCCGAUAGGUCAUUAGAACUUCCCCCAUCCCAUCUUUGUUUGCCCCACACUGGGGUGCAGCUGUUCAUCGGUGUCUUAAUGUUGUUGGAAGGCGGUUGAAUGAUACCAUUCUUGGCUACUAGUGCCAAUCCACUCUUCUCAAGUGAGUCUGCUUCAUUCGGUCAUCGCUAAGUAGCUGGUGCCACUGUGUGAAUAGGAUGCUGGACUAGAUGGGCAUUGGACUGGUGCAGCAGGGCUCUUGGUACACUGCCCAGCUAGUGUGUGAAAUCCCUUAAACCAUGAUGGGGUACACACCUAACACUCCCCGCAUUGAGGAAGGCGUGUACAAACCUCCUGGCCAGAUUUUUCAAAUGAGUAUGGUACCUUGCAUCGUCGUCUUCUUUGGCGAUCAUUCACAGCCGAUUAAGAUUGCCUCGGGUAACAUACUAUUGGAAAUUUGCUUGCUUAAACUGGCCUUCCAGAACUGGCCCAUCUUAGUUCAGAGGGUGAAAUUCCAACUGGCUUUGAACCUUCUUGCCCCCGCCCACCUCAAAAGAACCAUUCGGGUUUUUUAUAUCCCUUGCCGACAUUUUAAAAGAGUGCUUCUUUUUUUAGUAAGUGAAGGGUUCCUUGCACAAAUAAAACAGAAAAUUGGGCCUGCAUUAUAAAAGGAGCACAGAGUCCCAUCAUACGAAGAGAGAUUUCAACACAAACAUUUGCUGAACGGCAUGGGCCAUUUUUAAUGGAGAUUUCUGUCAGAAUGCUGUUGCUUGAGUUGGGAAGUUGGAUCUGCGGUAUUUUGGGCUCUGCUUUCUACAGCGCCAAAUAAAUUUUAAAAGUUUUGCAUUUCCCCCACAAACCUCUUCUAGAUUUGUAUGCUCUCAGGUCUAUCCUUCGAAAGGUGGAACAUGGUCAAAAGGUGCACAUCUUAUGAGACGGGAAUAAUAGAAAUCAGAAUUGGCAUGUGAGGUUCCUGCACAACUGUAAGGAUUUCCCACCUCUGUGGAGUGUACAUUUCCUCUGUAAUUGGAGUGGCAGGACUAAAUGAAGAGGGUGCCAAACAUCUGCCACAGAUGUUUGUUACAAAGCAAGGAAAGCCACAAGUGGAUGUGGGGGGUUUGUAUGCUUUAGGCAUACAAGCGCCACAACCCUUAAGGCGCUUCCAGGCAGCCUGUUUGUUGAGCACUCAGCCAGAUUUGUCUGCAGAGAGAUCAGACGACGUGUGCUGUUUUUGAGCCUUCAUUCUGAUUUGUCUGCAGGGAGGUUAGAUGACGAUUGUGUCACAGCAAGAGUUAUCCCAUGCUUAGCAGUGCAUUUCUCUGCCCCUUCAGUUAUUGCAAAAAAAAAAAAUCUGAUCCUUUUGGGAAGCAGGUUUGUUGGACAAGCGCUCUCGAUAAACUUCAUGAAUUUGCCAGCCUGUGAUUGAAUCCCACCUGAAAAUAACAGCUGUCUUGAAAUGCUUCCCUGAAAUAAACAUCUUCCGGACUGAAGCCUUCAUCUUCUUAAAUAACGACCCUCUGUAUAAAUUUGGUCACAAAUGGGGAUCUUCAACCUGUGGGUCCCCAGAUGUUGUUGGACCACAACUCCCAUCAUCCCUAGCUAGCAAGACCAGAGCUCAGGGAUGAUGGGAGUUGUAGUCCAACAACAUCUGGGGAUCCAGAGGUUGAGAACCGCUGUUCCAGAGGAAGGCAUAUGUACUUAUCUAAAAUCCUUUUUAGUUCUUGUAUUCUGCUGUUAUUCUGCUUUUUAUUCUGCUCCCAGCAGCCUCCCAUCCAAAGGAAUGACCAGCUCCACAUCUGCUUAGCUGCAGCAGUUCAGCAGCCUCCCAUGGCCCAGGCAACAUCCAGGAACCCUUGCCUUUUAAAUUAUUGUGGAGCUUGGGAAAUAAAUGAAUAAAACUUGCAGAGGCAGUAGAAACCUCAGCUAUAUCAGUAUUCUGCUCCAUGCUAUUUUGUCUGCCCUCCUUUCCCCUUAAUUCUCGCUUCUGAGCUCACAGUAGAAAGGAGCUCCCUGUUUAAAGAGGUACUCAAUUUAACUGAGCGUACAGUAGGCUGAGAUACCAAAGCUAUGGGCUGAGCAGCCAACCAUACAAGGGUAGGAUCCAGCCCCCAAAGCACCUUUUUCUGCCCCCUCUCUCUUGGUAGCCCUAUCAAAUACAUUCUGAUCAACUUGGGGGUCAGAUGUUCCUCCGUAGUUUCGCUUAGACGGCAGCGAAGCAAUUGAAUGUCCGCCUAGCAUUCUGCAUAGAUACUCUUGGACUUGUUGCUUGCACAUUCCAUCUGCAGCCUGAAUGACCAUCUCGGCACACACGAGCCAUUUUUAAAUACUUUGUUCAGCUUGGUCAUCCACAGGGUGGCAGCGGUACUGAGUGUGCUGGCUCCCAGUGAAUGCCUGCAGACUAUGGUGACCCAUAAGCUGGCCACCCCCUGGUUUACAUAAUCCUUUAGUCCAUGCAUGGGGUUCUCUAGGGUAAAAACCAAAAUGGUACCUGAACAAAUGCAGGGUAGCCAAGCAAACUGACCUUUUUUUCCUUUUCUUAGUUUGAAGUCCUAUAUGUAGCAUGCUGUGAACGUCUUACCUGGUCUCUGCAAAAUAAUCAGUAUUGAUGUUGCUUUAAUUCUUUCGGCUUCUUUUUUUUAUACCUCCACCCUCCUUUUAGUGUCUUUCUAGAAGCUGUGAUAGGCCUUUGUGGUCCUUGACUUUGUUACUGUAACUUCUUUUUUUUAAUAAAAAAAAGUUUGUGAAAUGUAGGGCUAACCCGAGUUGGAUGGUCCAGUCCUCCAAGGUUGCCCAUUUUCAGUUUGUUCGUUCUACAUUAUGGCUGUACGUAGAAUAAGCUUAUCGAUGAUGCAAUUUAGGAUUCGCACAGCUUUUUGCUUUUUUUUUAACGUCCACGUGUAUGCAUUUUGUACGUGUGUAUUGCGGGAGUGGGGAGAGAAAGGUGAUGUGUUUUAUAUAGGCUUAAGCUUUUUUGGUUUAUUUCUUUUCCCUUUUGUAAAGUAACUGACUUGGUAAAAUCCAUAGCCACUUAGGACUGUCCAUGCUGAACAGACCUUGCUGUAGAGGCAAGAUCACGUUCUUUGUAAGUUUCGAAUAGUGACACUCCCCACCCCACCCCAUACCUGGGGAAACGAGCUCAUUUUGCACCACGCGAGGGGAAAGGUUGUUUUGAAACUUAACUGAGUACAGUGGUAGCUCUUGAGUGGAUGUGUUAAGGGGGAAUGCUAAAGUCUUUGUGAAUGGAGGCGAUGGCCUCCCAUGAUCACCCAGGAAGAACCACCAUAAGGGUCUAGACAGGCCAACAAGGCAGUCCUAACUAAGGCUGAACUCCAUAAGAAGGCGCCAGGCCCAUUUCCCUUGCCAUAAGGGAUGCAGUUAGCCAAAGACUAUCCUGGGAGGGAAAAGGAGUUUGUGAGAGCUUUCCUUGUGCAGAGAAGCUGACUAAAACAAAUACACUCUUUCCUUAAGAGUGUGUGCAACUCAUUCAGCUGAUGGUUGCCUUGCCAAGCGGCUAUUGGUUGCCUACCAAUGGCUGUGCCAUCUUGGCAACAAGGAGUUUAAUGGCACUGAAGGGUGGUGGGUUGAGAAGAGGCUAACAGCGUAUCUUUACUACAGCAUAUAUGUCUAGGAGAACUCUUGUUAUCUCAGGACAAGUGCAGGAUAAAGCUGCUCUGGAGCAACAAAGCAUUUCCUACACCCCAGAAAUAUUUAACUCCGGGAAUAGCUGGCGCGCUCGGGUGAACCCUAGAUGCUGCCCACCCUAAAAGCACCACACCCUCGGGGUGCAAACCCAUACACAACCUGGGAGUAAUCCCCACUGAGCUCACUGGGGGCUUAGCUAUGAGUAGACAGGUAUAGAGUUGCACUGCACGUGUGUCUCUUGCUGCAGUUGUGUCAAUUUAGGACUUCUUGCAAACAGAACCAAGAGUUCAGCUAGCAUUUUCCUGACAUCCGUGGUUAUUGGACAAGCCUAUCCAACUGGAUCUGUUUGUGUGACUCUUUUUCUUUCUGUUAAGCUUUUAGUUAACGCAACUUGAAUUGUAUCUGAACAGAUGCGGAAGGAACUUUUUAGCGAGCUGAGACAAAAAGAAAAAAAACACACCAUAUUUUUCAAUAAAGGAAUUUGUGUGUGCAUAUUAUUAACCUGUUAACAGCAAUUCAUAAAAUCUGCACUUUUUAUGAGGUUUUGAAAAAUUCUAUUUAUAGGUACGGAACAAUGGGGUUUGUUUAAAAACUGUAUAGCGUUUAUACUUGCUGAAAUUUCUUUCACUGUUAUCGGUAGGAAUUUUAUUGGUUCAAUAAAAACUGGCGAGAAACCCCA